AUGCCCUCCCUGCUGCUGAAACGCUUCAAAAGACGCCGCGUCACCAUCAUCUCGGAACCUGACCACCAUCGUGACUCUGGUCCUCCGGAGUCCGCCAACACGCACCGCUGCUGGUACAAAGGGCCCAUGUUCGACUUCUGGCAGGGCCUGCUCGCGGCUCUGGAGCGCAUCGCCAUGUUACCAUCUCUGCUUCACGCCGUGCUCCCAACCAUGUCUUCGCGGAGACGUGUGCGAGAUGCACUUCGAACAUAUGACCGCACCUUGGACGACCUCUUGCGCGAAAUUCAGCGACUGCUGGAAGCCCCGCUCGAGCCCGCAAAGCUGCUGAAAAUGUCGACCGAACUACAGGAGCAGUUUGCCCCGAAACUUCAGGCUAGUGACAUUUGCAUGUUGCCCUCUUACAACCACAAGCUACCAACUGGCCUUGAAACUGGAACUUACCUCGCACUUGACGUUGGCGGCUCGACAUUCCGCAUUGCACUAGUGGAACUGAACGGGAAGUCGGUCGACGCCAAGCACAUGCGCAUCGUUACCAUGAUGACUUUCAAGAUCGACGAGAAAGUGCGGCAACGGAGCGGCACCCAAUUCUUUGACUGGAUGGCCGAUAAGAUUCAACAAGCCCUCGCCGAUCCUCAAUUGCAGAGCGUGGCUAGCACUAAGAGCUUUCCCAUGGGCUUAGCAUGGUCCUUUCCUGUCCAGUAUGUGCCCAUUGUCGUGGCCAAGGCAUGUUCGUAG